CACCACAUCCAUCAACUGCACCACAUCCAUCAACUGCACCACAUCCAUCAACUGCACCACAUCCAUCAACUCCACCACAUCCAUCAGCUGCACCAGCUGCAUCGGCUCCGUCAAGGCCAUCCUACACUCUCAACAAUGCCUGCGUCGUUCCAGUCUCUUGAUAUCAACGACUCGCCCCGCCAGGCCGACCGCUCCUCGCUGCUCGGCUGUGUCUUUGUGGCCAUGGCCCGUCUCCUCGAGUUGGUCUACGAUCUGUUUGCUGGCCUGGUGUCGAGCAUCAAGGGAUGCUUCCGACCCGGCACCACAUCCGUCAACGGAAGAACCUACAAGACCAUCAGGCCCCUCGGCGAAGGAGGGUUCUCGUAUGUGUAUCUGGUUCAAGAAACAGCCCCUCGCCGGUCCCUCUUUGCUCUCAAGAAGGUGCGCCUCCAACUGCCCGAGCACGAAGACCGCUUUCAGAAAGAAAUCGAAGCCCACAAGUCCGUGGACUCGCCGCAUGUCCUCAAGCUGGUCGACUACGAAAUCGUCCGCGACUCAAAAGGCACCGAGGGAUUGCUGCUUCUGCCGUACCAUCACCUCGGAACGGUCCAGGAUUUGAUCGACAACACUCCACCGCGCGACUUUAUCCCCAUGCCCAAGAUCAUCAAGUUUGCCAUCGGGAUCGCCAAGGGUCUGCAAGCCUUCCACACCCAUAACCCUCCCCUGGCGUAUCGUGAUCUGAAGCCGGCCAACGUUCUCAUCGGCGAGGAGGACCUCGUCGUGCUGACAGAUCUCGGGUCGGUGGCCGAGGCUCGGGUGAGAAUCACGAAUCGCAGAGAUGCCACCGUGCUUCAGGAGCACUGCGCCGAGACCGUCACAGCGACCUAUCGGGCACCCGAGCUGUUUGACCCGCCCACGGGAAGCCUUGUCGACGAACGAAGCGAUGUCUGGGCGCUGGGAUGCACACUCUACGCUAUGGCGUACAAAUCGCCUCCAUUCGACGGCACCCUCACGGCCGUUGUCAACAGUCGCGUGCGCUUCCCACUCGGGAGCGAUCCUUACGGCCAGCCUUUCCGCAAUCUGAUCGAGUCGAUGUUGGUGACAAGUCCUGCCUCGCGGCCAACCAUCGACGUUAUCCUGUCCAAGUGCGAAGCCCUCCAGUCGGCCCUUGGAUUGGCGAGCGAUUCAGAUGUGUAGAGUCUGUCGAUGGUGCCUGAUGCCCAGAACGGAACGGACGAUGUCGUUCCGAUGUGUGCCGACAAUGUUCUGGCUCUCGGCGGGCCUGGCUCUGGGAAUAGAGAUGGUAUCGGCAUGAGUUAACCGACGCCGUCGCUCGUGCGUUUC